UAAAUCAAUCUGCUUAACUAUUCACAAGGUCUGGAAACUAGCUGUGUUAGCAACCCCGAGGAACACUCACAAUACAGGAUGUCUUCUCAUGCUGUAUUCUUUAAUUAUCAAACUGCAGUACAAGGGUUCCGCUGAGGUUUCUUAGGCUGGUGCCGACCCCCGCGGGGGUGAAAAGGAGGAGCCAUGGGGGCUGGAAGACAGGUCAGACUCCUGCUGUGGAAGAACAUGACCGUCCGCAUGAAGCAGAGGGUAAAGUUCUACAUGGAGAUCCUGUGGCCUGUGAUGCUGUUCAUGAGUCUAGUGGUGCUCCGAACUGUGAAUCCACUCUACUGUCAACAUGACUGCCACUUCCCCAACAAGGCCAUGCCAUCCUCAGGGGUCCUGCCGUGGAUCCAGGGAAUCUUAUGCAAUGCCAACAACCCUUGUUUCCAGUAUCCCACCCCGUGAGAAUCCCCUGGCCAGGUGUCCAACUACAACAACUCCAUACUGGCCAGGUUGUACACGGAUGCCCAGGAAAUUCUCCUUAGUGAUCCGGAGUUCAUGCAGCUGGGACGCCUCUGGAGGGAAUUGAACACCAUGAGUGACUUCAUGAACACUCUCCGCAAACGUCCUGAUCGGGUCGCAGGUCAGCAGGGAAGAAAGGUGGAGAGCAUCCUCAAAGAUGAUGAAAUGCUGACGUCAUUCCUGCUCAGCAUUCCUCUGAAGGAGGCUGUGGUGGAUCAGCUGGUCAGCGCCCAAAUCAGGACUGAACAGUUUGCCUUCGGGGCUCCAAACCUGCAUUUAAAGGACAUUGCCUGCAGCCUGAACCUUCUGGAGCGAUUCCUGAUCUCCAGCCGCAGAGGGCUCCACGCGGUUCGAAACGCCAUGUGCAUCCUCACCCCACAGCGGCUGCAGAUCAUUGAGGACAAGUUUUAUGCCAACGUGUUUUUCAAGGUCUUCCGACUGCUUCCCCGUCUGCUGGACAGUUACUCCAGUGGCAUUGACAUUCACGUCUGGGUUCGGGUGGUCUCUGCUGUCUCAGAAAAACUCCGAGAGUUUUCCCAGAGGAAAAGUGCUAGGGAGUUCUUCCAGGCCUUGAGGCCCCUGUUCCGUGGUGACCUGUCCUUCAGUCAGGUGAUGGCGUCUGCCUCCAGCCUGGUCUGUGGUUACACUGAGGGGGCUUUCUCCAGAGUCACCUCCUUCAACUGGUACGAGGACAACAACUACAAAGCCUUCCUCGGCAUCGGCAACGGCAGAGUCGGCGGCGACUACGCGUAUGACAACAGCACCACUCCUUUCUGCAACGACAUGAUGAGGGACCUGGAGUCCAACCCCACCACCAGGAUCGUGUGGAACUACGUCAAACCCAUGCUGAUGGGUCAGAUCCUGUACGCCCCCGACUCUCCAGCCACCAGGAAGAUCAUCAAAAAUGCAAACACUACAUUUGAGGAGCUGGAGCGACUGAGGACGAUGGGGAAGGCCUGGGAGGAAGUGGCUCCACAGAUCUGGGCUUUCUUCCAAGAUGGAAUCCAGGUCAAGAUGAUCCGGGACGUCAUCCGCAAUCCGUCAGUGAUGGAUUUCAUCGACAGGACUCUGGCAAAGGCGCCAUUCUCCUAACACAUCCUCAACUUCUUGCACAACGGUUCACGGGAGGAACGAAUCGCCGGCGUUCCCGAUUUCGACUGGCGGAACGUCUUCAACCUCACCGAUAAGUUCAUUCGGACACUCAACCAGUAUGGGGAGUGUGUGUUGUUAGAUAAAUUUGUGCCUGUGCCUGACGAAAACGGCGUCACCCACCGAGCCCUGGACCUGUUGGAGGACAGCAAGUUCUGGGCAGGUCUGGUCUUUGUGAACAUGUACCCCUGGACCUUCACUGUCCCCCCGCACGUCCAGUUCAAGAUCCGGAUGGACAUCGAUACAGUGGAACGCACCAAUAAGAUCAAGGACAGGUACUGGGACCCUGGGCCUAGGGCUGACCCCAUAGAUGACCUGCGUUAUGUGUGGGGGGGCUUCGCCUACCUCCAGGACAUAAUAGAGCACGGCAUCAUCAAGACCCACACAGGAAAGGAGUGGCCCAUGGGGGUUUACCUCCAGCAGAUGCCCUACCCAUGUUAUGUAGAUGAUCUCUUCAUGCUGACGUUGAACCGCUGCUUCCCCCUCUUCACGGUGCUGGCCUGGGUCUACUCUGUGUCCAUGAUUGUCAAAAGUAUAGUUCUGGAGAAGGAGCUCCGUCUGAAGGAGACUCUGAAGGCCAUGGGAGUCACCAACGGGGUCAUCUGGUCCACGUGGUUUAUCGACAGCUUCAUGAUGAUGGGCGUGAGCACGGCGCUGCUGACCGUCAUGAUCAUGCUUGGGCGGGUGUUGAACUACAGUAACCCCGUCAUCCUCUUCCUGUUUCUGCUCUCCUUCACCACGGCGACCAUCAUGCAAUGCUUCCUCAUCAGCGUCUUCUUCAACCACGCCAACCUGGCGGCGGCCUGCUCCGGCAUCAUUUACUUCAGCCUGUACCUGCCUCACAUCUUCUGCUUCGCCUGGCAGGACCGCAUCACCAAGGACAUGAAGAUCCUGGUGAGUCUACUGUCCCAGGUGGCGUUCGGCUUCGGGACCGAGUACCUGUCCCGGUACGAGGAGCAGGGUCUGGGUCUGCAGUGGGACAACAUCCAGACCAGUCCUCUGGAGGGGGACGAGUUCUCCUUCCUCACCUCCAUAUGCAUGAUGGGAGUGGACACUGUGCUGUACGCCGUGUUGGCCUGGUACCUGGACAAUGUCUUCCCUGGUCAGUAUGGAAUCGGUCGGCCCUUUUAUUUCCCCUUAAAUCCCUGUUAUUGGCUCAACUCUGUGGCUCCAGCUCCAGGCAAUGCGGAGUUAGAUAAAAAAGGUUUCGAUAACUUGGCAAACAAAGAUCAGCAGAAAAGAGAUGAGGAUGAAGCCCAGGACAAAGAACCGGGGAAAUCCAAGAAAGUGGAGGACACUGGUUCAUGUGAACACCAGGACCAGAGGGAGAGGAAGGGGAGGGAGAACCAGAACGAGGAAAAAGACGGUCAGCUGUUCUUCGAGGCCGAACCAACUGACCUGGUGAAAGGUGUUUGCAUCCAGAACUUGGUGAAAGUGUUCGGCAGCAGCUACAGACCGGCUGUGGACGGCCUCAGCAUCAGCUUCUACGAGGGCCAGAUCACUGCUUUUCUGGGUCACAACGGGGCUGGGAAGACCACCACCAUGUCUAUUUUGACUGGUAUGUUCCCUCCGACAUCAGGGACAGCCACCAUUUAUGGAAAGGACAUCUGCACAGACAUGGACACCAUCCGUCUGUCUCUGGGAAUGUGCCCUCAGCAUAACAUCCUUUUUCAGUAUAUGACUGUUGCGGAACAUAUCCUCUUCUACUCGCUGCUGAAAGGCCGUCCAAUCGCAGAGGCUGAGGAGGAGGCGGAGAACAUGCUGCAGGAUCUGGGUCUACCCCACAAGAGAGAUGAACUGACCCAGAACCUCUCAGGCGGCAUGCAGAGGAAGCUGUCAGUCGCCUUGGCGUUUGUGGGCGGGGCUAAAGUGGUGAUCCUGGAUGAACCCACUUCGGGGGUUGAUCCUUAUUCCAGACGCUCCAUUUGGGACCUGCUGCUCAAAUACCGUGCAGGGCGGACUGUGAUCAUGUCCACCCACCACAUGGACGAGGCGGACCUGCUGAGCGACCGCGUGGCCAUCAUCUCCCAGGGACGCCUCUACUGCUGCGGUUCCCCCAUUUUCCUCAAGAACUGCUUCGGAGCCGGGUUCUACCUCACUCUGGUCCGACGGAUGAAACAGGAUGGAAAGACGAGCUGUGACUGCACUGAGGACUGUAACUGUAAAUGCUCCAAAUGCUCCAAGUUUAAAGCGGACCAGGAGGACGGCCAGACCACGGACAGACAGAUGGACGGUAACUUGGAGAAGAUCACCGCCCUGGUCCACCAUCACGUCCCGGAGGCCCGUCUGAUCGAGGCCAUCGGUCAGGAGCUGACGUACCUGCUGCCGAACCGAGACUUCCAGCCCAGAGCCUACGCCAGCCUGUUUAGAGAGCUGGAGGAGACGCUGGCGGACAUCGGCCUCAGCAGUUUCGGCGUGUCGGACACAUCUCUGGAGGAGAUUUUCCUAAAAGUCACUGCUGAUGGGAAUGCAACCAACAGGAAAUGCAUACAAGAUAAGAAAUCAUUGCAGCAGAUUUCUCGAAGUAGUAUCUGUGGAUUCAACAGAGUGACAGUUGAUGUGGGACCGCCCAAAGGUGACGGUGGCUUUAUGCUAAACUGCUUCGGGCAGUUAAUGCUGUUGUUGGGAAAAACUGUACUUCCAGCCACUUUUGUUUUUCUGGCUCUCACGUUCACCCUGAUCGUUCCACCUUUUGGAGAGUAUCCAAGCCUGACCCUCACCCCCUGGAUGUACGGACGACAGUACACCUUCUUUAGUAAUGAGCGCCCCAUGGACAGUCAGAUGAGGUACCUUGGAGAAGUUUUGUUGGACAAGCCUGGCUUUGGUACCCGCUGUAUGGCAGAUGAACCCCUGGAAGAAUUCCCAUGCAACAACAUCACCACCGAAUGGGAAAUGCCCUUAGUGAGCCCGGCCCUGAUCGAAAUGCUGGCCAGUCCAGAGUGGACCUCCCUCAGACCGUCUCCUAAAUGCCAGUGCAGCUCUCCCUGGAGGCUCACCAUGCUCCCCGUCUGCCCUGAAGGAGCUGGAGGCCUUCCACCUCCACAGAGGAUUCAGUCCACUGGAGACGUCCUCCUGGAUCUUACUAGUAGAAACAUCUCGGACUACCUGGUGAAGACCUACCCCGCCCUCAUCAGAACCAGCUUAAAGAGCAAAUACUGGGUGAACGAACAAAGGUAUGGAGGUAUCUCAGUGGGAGGACGACUCGAACCCAUGGAGCUGCAGCCACAGCAGAUCCAGGAUUUAGCCGCUCAGCUUGGACGACUGUUCAAUGUUACCGGGGGACGACACUGCAAACAAACGCUGAAGGACUUUGGAACGUUCCUCAGGUACAUGGAGACUCCGGACAAUAUCAAAGUCUGGUACAACAAUAAGGGCUGGCAUGCGAUGGUGUCCUUCAUGAAUGUCGCCAACAACGCCAUCCUUCGUGCAAACCUGCCCCAUGGAGCUAAACUGGACCAGUAUGGGAUUACCACCAUCAACCACCCUCUAAACCUGACCAAAGAGCAGCUGUCGGAAGUCACAGUCCUCACCACCUCUGUGGACGCCGUGGUCGCCAUCUGUGUCAUCUUCGCCAUGUCCUUCGUCCCGGCCAGCUUCGUCCUCUAUCUGAUCCAGGAGAGGGUCACCCAGGCCAAACACCUGCAGUUUGUCAGUGGUGUCAGUCCACUGGUCUACUGGAUGGCCAACUUCAUCUGGGACAUGAUCAGUUACUCCUUCAGUGUUGCGAUGGUGGUGGAAAUCUUCUUAUUUUUCGACAAGAAAUGCUACACGUCACCAACUAACCUGGAACCACUUUCUGCACUUCUGAUGCUCUAUGGGUGGUCUGUGACUCCCAUGAUGUACCCCUUGUCCUAUUUGUUCAGCGUCCCGAGCACAGCGUACGUCUCUUUGUCCUGCAUCAACCUUUUUAUUGGCAUCAACAGCAGUGCCAUCACCUUCAUCCUGGAUCUCUUUGAGAGAAACACAGCUUUAUACAAGUUGAACCAGGUGUUUAAGACCCUGCUGCUGGUCUUUCCUCAUUACUGCCUGGGUCGGGGUCUUAUAGACAUGGCGAUGAACCAGGCGGUGGCGGACACCUACGCUCGCUUCGGUGAAGACUACAGUCCAGACCCUUACAGUUGGAACUUCCUUGGGAAGAACAUGUGCUGCAUGGCUGUUGAGGGCUUCGUCUACUUCUUCUUAAACAUCCUGAUCCAAUACCGCUUCUUCCUUGACCACUGGAUUUCAGACGGGGUGAAGCCUCCCAUUUUGGAAGAAGAUGAAGAUGUGGCAGAGGAGAGGAAGCGGAUUUACCGAAAUGAUAAAACUAAUGAUAUUUUAUAUGUACGGGACCUGUCCAAGACGUACUCAGGAACAGUGAUCCCUGCCGUCGACAGGAUCUGCGCUGGAGUGUCACCAGGAGAGUGCUUCGGUCUUCUGGGGGUAAACGGAGCAGGGAAGACCACCACGUUUAAGAUGUUGACAGGAGAUAUUGACGUCACCUCAGGAGAGGCCUCAGUCGCCGGUUACAGCAUUUUGACGAACAUCCUGGACGUGCACCAGAAUAUGGGAUACUGUCCACAGUUUGACGCCAUAGAUGAGCUGUUGACAGGCAGGGAACACCUACACCUCUACGCCCGCCUCCGUGGAGUCCCUGAGUAUGAGAUCAGCAGAGUUGCAGACUGGGCCAUCCAGAAGCUCGGCCUGUCAGAGGACGCCGGUCAUACCGCUGGGACCUACAGCGGCGGGAACAGGAGGAAGCUGUCCACCGCCAUCGCCAUGAUAGGCUGCCCUUCACUAGUGCUGCUGGAUGAGCCCACCACAGGUAUGGACCCUCUGUCUAGACGCUUCCUCUGGAACUCCAUCAUGAGCGUCAUUCAGGACCGACGGGCCGUAGUCCUCACCUCUCACAGUAUGGAGGAAUGUGAGGCGCUGUGUACCCGCUUAGCCAUCAUGGUGAACGGAUCCUUCAAGUGUUUGGGGACGAUUCAGCAUCUCAAAUACAAGUUUGGCGAUGGCUAUGUGGUGACUAUGAAGAUCAGGGCAGCUAAGCCUGGAUGUACACCAGACCUUAAUCCUGCUGAAGCCUUCAUGGAGAGCACCUUCCCUGGCUGCAUCCAGACGGAGAAACACCACAACACUCUGCAGUACAAGAUCUCCUCACCCUCCUUGGCCAAGAUCUUCCAGAUGGUCGUGGCAAAUAAAGACAAGCUCAACAUAGAAGACUACUCAGUGUCCCAGACGACUCUUGACCAGGUGUUUGUGAAUUUUGCCAAGCAACAGUCGAGAGAAGAUGAUAGUAUAGUGCUGCAUCCGAAAGCUGCUGGAGCUACGGUGACACCCAUCAAGGGUUCAGGAAAGUGAACUUUUGGUACCUGAGAACUACCUGAGAACCUCUUCUUCAAAUGGAAGCGUCGAUGGAGGCUCACACUGUAGUGUCACAACAAUAUCUCACUUUAACUGUAGUCUGAGAAAAGAAACUGGUGUGUAAAGAAGUUUGGGAUGCUGAAAGCCACAGAGGAUGUAAGUGAUAUGUCCUUCACAUUUUUGAGAAAUAAGUCUGUUUCUCAUCUGUGUUAUGAAGAUAGGGCGGUGAUGGUCGAUGCAGUCUGUUGACUCAUACGUGAAGGAGCAAACUGUGUAAUGUUUAUUGAUUUUUGAAAGGUGGCGAUGCUGCUUUUGCUUUUUGGAUAAACAGGACUUGUGGGCUUUGCUUUUGGAAGAGUGGAGCAUUAAUGUGCCUGCGACAUGUUCCACAUUCUGCUCACCUUGUAGGCCUUGCAAAUGUAAUGAAACAGUUUUAGCAUUACAAUAAGGACCAUGCCUUUAACUGAAGAAAUGUUAAAAAAGAACAAAA